AUGGCCAGGUAUGCGGAUCUGUCGUCGGUGAAGCGCCAGCUCACGAUCAAGACGGGCGUGGUGAAGCGAUUGGCGAAAGAGGAGUCUUCGUACAUGCACGAGGCACGCGAGCAAGAAGUGCGGAUCCAGCAAUUCAUCGAUGCAGGUCGUGACGAAUACGACCUCAAGCAGCAGGAUUCGCUCAAGAUGAUUCCCGACUGCCGCAAGAGGCUCGAACUCGCGGUGGACGAUCUAGCCAUCUACAUCGAUGGUGUGGAGGGCGAGGCGGUUUCGAGCGACGAGUACGGUGCUGCCAAGCAGGUGCUCGAGUCGGCGCAGGCACAGAUUCAGUCGCCCUUACCCACGCUCUAA